AUGAAUCGCUUCCUGCUGCUGACUGCACUGCUGAUAUAUUACGCGAUAUGGCUCUUGUUGCCCGUCCUCGAGUUGGAUGGCAAGCUCAGGGCUUUUCCACUGCCGAGCAUAUACGCGGUUUUUCUACCCAUUGCACUUCUGAUUAUUGGCUUCACGAUAGUGGGAAGCUUCCUGGGAAUGAUGCUUCUCUUGGAUAGUAAAGAGUAUAGUACGUAA